CCAAUCAUGUGACGGUAUUGUACUGCUACUACUACUACUACUACUACUACUACUACUACGGUCGAUCGUAGCACCCGUCCUAUGGAUUGGCAUUGCGAUGAGAAGCUCGUCUCAAGGGCUAAUCCACAACGCUAUUGACUAUUGACAUCAUCUCACCAACGGAUCAUUUUUCACUUACUUCAGGUGAAAGGACUAACAUUCUCUCGAUACAUAAAGGGAGAAGAGGAGAAACUGAGUCAUACACUCAUAACUUCUAGCAAUCAAGUGGAGCUAGCAGAGCUGUGACUCAGGUGACUGGCUCAGGUCAGGAAUGGUGGAUAACUUGCCAGUAGGAGAGGAGACCUUCCUGUAUUACGCCAGCUUUCCUGCAGAACAUCACGAAUCGGACAUGGUGAUAGACACAGGUGUCUACCAGGCGGUGCCCUCCCCGUUCUCAGAGGACGACCUGAGUGACUCGUCCAGCCCUUGCUCCUGCUCCAGCCCUGAGUCCCAGGUGCUGGGUUCCAGCUAUGGCAGCAGCUCCAGUGGAGAGAGCCAGGAUGGUCUCCUCGACUUCCUGCUCUCCCAGGCCACCCUUGGAAGUGGAGUUACUCCCACUCUAUCUCCCUCAUUACCACCCAUCCUCCCCAGGGGUCUAGCAUGGGAGUCGAAGACGGACCGCCUGUUUCAGCCAACCAAAGAGGAGUGCUUUGAGUUCCCUGUGUUCCCAGUGGACCUGGAGGAUCAUGUGGGGCUGCUGUUUCAGCCCACCCUAGAGGAGAUAGAGGAGUUCCUGGAGGAGAAUAUGGAGGUGGUAACGUUGAAGAAGGAGGCUAGUGAGGGAGGGAUGUUGGAUGUAGACAGUCAGGUGACAGGGUUAGAACCUGGGCUAGAGCAGUCGGUACCUGUUGCCAGGGCUACUGUCCCCACCACAGUGACCAAAUACACAGCAACAUCCACAAUAACACAUUCCAACGGUUGUAGUGGGAUUAAACAGGAGGAACCUGCUGAACCACCAGCCUCAGGGGAGGGGUCUGGCUUGAUGCCUGUCAUCUUGCAGAUCCAACCAAUCCAGAUUAAGCAAGAGCCCAGCCCAGGUGUGAUACCAACACCAGUACCACCGCAGUCCACCCUGCCCUCCUCAGACAUAAAAAUCGCCCAGCUCCUGGUCAACAUCCAGGGCCAGACGUUUGCCCUGGUGCCCCAGCUGGUGUCUCCAGCUAAUCUCAAUGGUACGUCUUCCAAAUUUGUGCGCAUCGCGCCCGUACCCAUCGCCGCCAAGCCCCUGGGUCUCAGGGAGGGUGGACUUGCAGGUGGCCAGGCUGCAGGGAUCCUGGUGGGGGGACAGAAGUUCCAGAAGAGCUCGGUUACGGACCUUAUAAAAAUGCAUAAGUGCACUUUCCCUGGCUGUGCCAAGAUGUACACCAAGAGCAGCCACCUGAAGGCCCACCUGAGGAGGCACACGGGGGAAAAGCCCUUCGCCUGCACCUGGCCUGGCUGUGGAUGGAGGUUUUCGAGGUCAGACGAACUCUCCAGACACCGGCGCUCUCACUCUGGAGUGAAGCCUUAUCAGUGUCCCAUCUGCGAGAAGAAGUUUGCCCGCAGCGAUCACCUGUCCAAACACAUCAAAGUCCACCGCUUUCCAAGAAACAGCAGGACAGUGCAAUCCACAAACUGAGCACAUUGACCUCCAGGUCCUGCUAGGAUGAGGCCACGCCACAGGACACAUGGAGAGACAGAGAUAUAAUGUUUGUGAGAGUGAAUGAAUGUGGGAGAUUGCUAAUAGCAGAGGGGACAGUGGACAGACAGAAUGAAUGUGGGAGAUUGCUAAUAGCAGAGGGGACAGUGGGACAGACAGAAUGAAUGUGGGAGAUUGCUAAUAGCAGAGGGGACAGUGGGACAGACAGAAUGAAUGUGGGAGAUUGCUAAUAGCAGAGGGGACAGUGGGACAGACAGAAUGAAUGUGGGAGAUUGCUAAUAGCAGAGGGGACAGUGGGACAGACAGAAUGAAUGUGGAAGAUUGCUAAUAGCAGAGGGGACAGUGGGACAGACAGAAUGAAUGUGGGAGAUUGCUAAUAGCAGAGGGGACAGUGGGACAGACAGAAUUAAUGUGGGAGAUUGCUAAAAGCAGAGGGGACAGUGGGACAGACAGAAUGAAUGUGGGAGAUUGCUAAUAGCAGAGGGGACAGUGGGACAGACAGAAUGAAUGUGGGAGAUUGCUAAUAGCAGAGGGGACAGUGGGACAGACAGAAUGAACUUUCAAACAACAGUUAAGGGAGAGAGUGUUUGAAUGUUUUGUUUGUUUAUGUGUGUGUGUGUGUGUGUGUGUGUGUGUGUGUGUGUGUGUGUGUGUGUGUGUGUGUGUGUGUGUGUGUGUGUGUGUGUGUGUGUGUGUGUGUGUGUGUGUGUGUGUGUGUGUGUGUGUGUGUGUGUGUGUGUGUGUGUGUGUGUGUGUGUGUGUGUGUGACGCACAUUGGUGGUACUGUGAUAAUUUAUUGAGUAAUGCAGGGACUCAAAAGAGAAAACAUUUUGAAAAAACAAGAACUGUUACAUAACAUGACAUCUUCACUGGUGCAUGAUGGGAAGUUCAGUGCUUUAGCGGGAUUUACACUUUAAGCAAUGUUCCCGCGUUCGUGGAUACUGCAUUCACAGUAAACACUGCAUAUGCCGGCUCAAUCGGAAAUGACUUUUAAAUUGCAAUUACUUCAGCAGCACAGAUGAAUCGAGUCCUAAGUUUCUUGUAAAUAGCUUUUCUUAAUUUUUGUAGGGUUUUUUUUCCAUAAAAAUGUUUAAGCUACGAUUUGAGAAUAUAAAAGAGGUUUUGUUAUGCAAAGUAUUUUUACACUUUGUGGUUUGAAUUAAUUGUUGUUGAUGUACCUGCCUAUCAUUAACGCAUCAACAUUCCUUCUGCUGUAUAUAGAAAUGAUCUUCUCAUCACCGAGGGAGUUUUUACUAUGUACCUCUUCAAACCCAAAAAUUACAGGUUGUAUUCAAACGUUCAUGUUGAACUACUGAUCAUGAUCAGAAUCAUGCCAUUAUAAGCUACCGGCAACAUGUAGAGGCUGUCUCCUAUUUUCACUACAGGAGCAAUAUGACGACUCGUGCCUGGUAAAGGCUGGAUCAGCUACCAGUGAACAGCCAACUGCAAUACAACGAGGUGCAGCAAAAAAAUAUUUGAUGUCUUAUGGUGCGUUGUUUAUAUGUGAACCGACUGGCUUUCUGAUCACUAUUGAAGACAUUGAAGAACUUUUCCUUUUGUAUAUUUGUAUACAUUAGCUGGAGGAGCUGUUAUUGUCAUUUUCUUUCAUUUUGUGUUAUGUCAUUGGCGCUUAAAGCUGGCCUUCUCUGGGGCCAAUAUGUCAACUGAGUAGGCCUACGUAGUAUCUGUUUGAAUAUAAUGAUAACACUUAACCCGUUGGUGACUGUAUUAAAUCUUCAUAGCACAUAAGCAUUUAAUGCCUAGCCUGCCAUGUUGUAUACAGCGUGUGAAUGUCAGUGACAGUCAAUCAAUGUACAGUUUCAAACAGUGCUGGUAGGAGCUACAGUAUGAAGGACUCAAACCAUACACUUCAAUGUCAGUCUAAUCAAUGCUUUCAGUAAAAUAGUUGAACUAUAUUUUUUUAGGGAUUCUUGAAAAACUGCAGCUACAGUAGCUUGAGGGUAAGUCUCCUCGAUAUCAACACAAUCGUCUGCCUCGUGUCAUCAAUGCAUGUUGAUGAAGCACCCUACAGUGUUUCAGAAGUGACCUCUGUUUCAAACUGGAACCCCCAAAAGCCUUUUUAGCAGACACACAGCAAUGCCAACCUAGCCAAGCUUCCUGGGCUAUUACAUUUCAUCUGGAGGAGCUGGAAUUGCAUGGUGCUAUAUUCGGGCGGCAGGGAGCCUAGUGGUUAGAGCAUUGGACUAGUAACCGGAAGGUUGCAAGAUCAAAUCCCUGAGCUGACAAGGUAAAAAUCUGUUGUUCUGCCCCUGAACAACCCACUGUUCCUAGGCCGUCGUUGAAAAUAAGAAUUGGUUCUUAACUGACUUGCCUAGUUAAAUCAAAAUAAAUGUAGUUACCUCCUCUGGAACAUGUGAAGAAGUAAACGGUGGUAGAAAUCUUAGCCUCCAUACACAAGUUCUACAGUCACCUUCCUGAUCUACAGAUGACAUCACAGGAAGACACACGAUUGGUUUAGUGAAAUACAGUACUCAAAUACUGUAAGGUUUAGGAAUGUUUUUAUUUUUUUAAUGCUUUCUUUUCCCUGUACGAAACUGCACUGUCUAUGAUGGCCAUGUCCUUUCUGUGUUAACGUUGUCGGAACCUGAGGGGUCUAGAGAGGGCAGGAAAACUUAUACUGUAGCAAUGCAUUCCUUCAAUCCCAUUUUAAAUGUUUUUAAAAACAGGUUAUUUUAACCCAUGAAUGUAUGUAAAUACUGCAACUACACCUAAAAGGAACAGAAAUAUUAUUGUAAUUAUUUCUGUGAUUACGUACAAUUCUAGUGCAUGUGUAUAUAAUGACAAUUCAUUAUAUGUUGUUAUAAAUAUUAUAUACUAUUAUAAAUAUUAUAUAUUUUUCUUUGUUCUACAUACGAUGCAUUUACAAAUUAAAACAAUCCAAAAGA